UCAGCCAUAUGUCUAGAUAGCCAUACAGCACUUGCCAAUAGACGCGGGCAAGCGUGGCAUAAUUAGCCAACCGACCCUUUUAAUUUUCUCAAAUUCCCCCUGUACAAGACUUUAUACUAAAACAUUCUACUUCUUCUUUGUUUUCUUAUCGAUGUGGGACAAUUUCCUGGUUUAUAACAGUUCCGUCUCCUCCUUUCCUCCAAAAACAGUUAGGGCAGAAGAAGGAGCAUGACGAACUGAAGAAAACUAAAUUCUCUGUUAUCCCACUGCCAUGGAUUACCUCAAAACAGUGGUACCUUCUCAGCUCUUCGCUGAGAGAGGUUCGGAUAUAGUUGUCAUCAACCCAGGUUCUGCAAAUAUUCGAAUUGGGCUAGCUCAACAUGACAGUCCUCUUAACAUUCCUCAUUGCAUCGCUCGACGAGUUUCAGGAGGCAAUCAGCAGCCUAGAAGGAAUGUACAGGACCAGUUGCUUAAUUCUCAAGUUACUACGGCUCAACAUAUGGAGAGGGAGAGGGCGUAUGACAUGAUUGCUUCUCUAUUAAAGAUUCCGUUCCUAGAUGAAGAGGUGGCUAAUAGUUCAUUCCCCAGGAAGAUGGGACGAGUAGAUGGCCACAUGCCACAGAGCAACAAGAAGGAAACAGCAUUUACCUGGACUGAUGUGGAGGUGAAAGCUGAAUCAUCUCCACCAUUAGAAAAUUCACAGAAUAUAGGCAAAGUGGGAGAAAUUUCUGAACUCGAUGACACUACCACCACAAAGGACCUUGGUUUAGUUGAGCGCAAAUUAAGAGAGUAUGUUUGUGGUGAGGAAGCUUUGACAAUAUCCCCAACAGAGCCAUAUACUCUACGCCGCCCUAUUCGUAGAGGUCACCUCAAUAUCUCGCAACACUAUCCCAUGCAGCAGGUCAUAGAAGACAUGCAGACCAUCUGGGAUUGGAUUUUGACUGAGAAACUUCAUAUUCCUCGCAGUGAGAGAAACAUGUUUUCCGCUCUUAUUGUCGUGCCAGAAACAUUUGAUAACCGUGAAAUAAAAGAGUUGGUGUCUAUUGUCCUUAGGGAUUUGAAUUUCAGCUCAGCAGUGGUUCAUCAGGAAGGUCUAGCUGCAGUUUUUGGGAAUGGUUUAUCAACAGCAUGUGUCGUAAAUAUUGGUGCUCAAGUGACCUCUGUUAUCUGCAUUGAGGAUGGAUUGGCUCUACCAAAUACACUUUUGACCUUGCGUUAUGGUGGAGAGGACAUAUCAAGAUGUCUUCUCUGGACCCAACGCCAUCAUCAAACAUGGCCCCCAAUUAGAACUGAUGUUCUAACAAAGCCUGUUGACUUAUUGAUGCUUAAUAGACUAAAAGAGACAUACUGUCAGAUUAGAGAGGGGGAACUUGAAGCUGUCGCAGUGGUCCAUUCAUAUGAAGACGGCAUGCCUGCUGCUUCUCACAAGACUAGGCUAACUGCUCUAAAUGUUCCUCCAAUGGGUCUAUUUUAUCCUAUGCUUCUGGUUCCAGAUGUUUUCCCUCCACCACCUCGCACUUGGUUUAAUGACCACGAAGAUAUGCUGGAAGAUGCAUAUGAAUUUACCAGAAGAACUGACAUGUCAGAUGGCUUCUAUCCUGUCUACAGUGGUGGGUUCUCAAUGUGGGAUAGCUACCCAAUGUUUCAAUCCAGACCCAAGAAAGAAGAUAGUAUUGGUCUUGCAGAAGCAAUUUCAAAGAGCAUUCUUUCAACAGGCCGUAUAGAUCUCCAGAGAAAACUGUUCUGCAGCAUACAACUGGUUGGCGGAGUGGCGUUGACAUCCAGUCUUAUUUCUGCUGUUGAGGAUAGAGUAUUACAUGCAAUUCCAUCAACAGAAGCAAUUGACACUGUGGAGGUUUUACCAUCAAGAACAAUUCCAAAUUUUGUAUCAUGGAAAGGUGGAGCUAUACUUGGCAUUCUUGAUUUCUCACGCGAUGUGUGGAUACACAGAGAGGAUUGGAUUCGAAAUGGGAUUCAUGUAGGAAGUGGCAGAAAAUACAAAGACUCUCACUUUCUCCAAGGACAAGUUAUGUGUUACAUUAACUCUUAAAAGUUUAGCUCUUUUUAUUAGUGUUCAUCUGAAAUGUUUGAUUUGAAUUGGAGAAUGUUUAGAUUUCUUGAAACUCAUGGCAUCCAAAUUUGAGAAUAUGGGUAUUUCAUUUCA